AUGCAACAAUAUACUUUUACUCCCCCAACCGGUCCCCAACGAGAAGGGCAAAAGAACUAUGUCUUUGUCGAUGAACACAACAGACACAAAAGGCUCAAAGGCCAGGAUGGCGACCAGACCAGUCCCGCGCAAGGCGCUGCGGCCGAGGCAGAGCAAACAGGUUAUCAAGAACCUACAAGCCAGCCGAAUAUCCCACAGCACGAAAUCAUACAGCCCAGUUUCGCGACUGAGAAUCCCUCGCUAACAAGUAGUAUUCCGUCCUUUGACAUUUAUUCGUCCUAUAUACCGCAUAAUCCUAGCAUAUAUGCACAUACACAGGCCCCCGAGAUGGCACUUCCCCAACAUUCUUUCCAAGACCAAUAUUUUCAGAUGACUCCCUCCCAGCCGCUUCCGACUACAGAUAGUGGUGUUUUUGUUGAUCCAGAGCAGUCCACUGCCGAAAAUCUGACGGAAGCUCUGGGUGAAUUAAAAAUCGAUGAAACAGGCAUUGCACCUUAUAUUCGGCAGCAAAGAAAGGGGUUGACGGAGCCUGGAGCUCCUGUCCAAGAUGAUCUGGACAAUGAACUUCCUCCGCUUAGCACGGGCGCUGGUUCGACCAUUAGAAUUCCACCGGAACUGAUGCCUCCGAAUGAGGAGGUCAUGGAUUAUUUUAAGAUAUUUUUUGCGGACAUCCAUCCCUACGUCCCUGUUAUCCACCGCUCGCAUCUGUAUCAGCAGUGGCGCACUGACCGCUCUGCAAUUUCUCCCUUGUUAUUGGAAGCAUUAUUUGCGUGCGCAGCGAGGAUGUCUGAUGACCCUGCUCAGGGCGCUCAAUGGCUCGCGCUUGCUACUAGACAUGAAACGAGCUUCAUGGACGUCCCACGCUUGAGCACCAUUCAGGCGUUGCUGUUAUUACUGAAAGCACGCGAAUCGAAUCCUAAGAAAGGGUAUUAUUACCGUUCCUGGCAGACGAUCAAGACGGCAAUUUCCAUGUCGAAGGACCUUGAGCUCCAUGAGCACUAUGCUACCCAUCAAGAAGGGAGAUCGUGUGGCCUUGAUCCUGUAGAGUGUUUGAUACAGACUAGAGUUUGGCAGACACUACUAGUAGUCGAGGUCAUGGUGGGGGGUCCUCAAGGGCGUUCCGACUAUGAGGUAGAUCCAGAAACAGUUGAUAUGCGGCCGCAACUCGACACUGUGGAUAUCGACCAAUUCGAGACCGAUCGUUCUCGACAAUAUUCCUACUUCGUUAAAAAUGCAUAUCACAUCCGCAUCUUCACCGAAUUGUAUCACAAAAUUAAGAAACAAAAGGUGUGGGCCGCAGAUCCACGCUUCACCCAGAACAAUCCGCUUUUUAGCGAUUGGUAUCAAGGUCUGCCCCAGGAUCUCCAAGUAACUUACCCAGAGGAUGGUUCUCCGCCAUGGCUGCCGUCACAUUUUGUGGGAAAUAUGCACACCCAUUAUCAUUUAGCUAUCAUAAUGCUUCAUCGACCACAAUUGCUGGCAUCAAAGUCUUUCACAGCCGACGAUGGAUGGAGGACACAUAUGUUGCUAUGCUGGUCAUCUGCGAAAUGUCUUUGCCGACUGCAGGAAGCUAUUAUCUCUCGGUUUGGUCUACAAGGUCUCCGUUUCAUGCAGCGAGGAAUCAAUUUCACCGUAUAUGCAAUUCUGACAUGCACUAUGCUGCAUCUAGUUGCGAUUACAUCACCAGAUCCCGAGUUUUAUAUAGAUGCACGUGAUUACUUCACUCGCCAUAUGCGAAUACUCGAGCAAUGCUCCGCAACUUGGCCACUUCCCGAGAUUCGAGCUCAAAUUGACGCUUUGAGGGUGGCUUUUUCCGCUGAUAUCAAUCGGCCAUUCGAACUGAAAGCGACUUUCCCAUACGGAAGUCCAUCAGAGAAACAUAGUGCCAGCCCCCCAGCUUUGGAAUCGCAAUACAAUCAGUAUGGCCAAGCUCAGAUGCCGAGUCCCCAUCGGCUGGGAUAUAGCUCUCAUUCUGUCACACCACCCAUCUCUACCGGGGCCGAGGACUCGAAAUCAGACAUUUCUCAGACCAACAUGGGCAUGCUCCAUCACCAUCAGCUGGGAAACCAACCCAUAAGUGUUCCGCUCGUAGACGAAAAUACCUGGGACCCUACUCGCAUUAUCACUUCUUGGAACAUGGCGUUUCCCGUCGAUGCAUCUAAUAUUACCCCGACGUCUGGCAUGACUCCUCCCCAGGUAUCAUUCACCGGUACAGGUCCAUCAAUUUCCGAGGCUGUUUCGCCUCAGUAUCCGAUGCAUUACGCAACAACACCUAACGGCGAGAUCGUCCACAUGGACCCUAUGCACGCCAUGUCUCAGCAGUCCUACGACCCCAAUCCUCAGCGUAUUAUGACGGCAAGAGAUUGGCAACAAAGCGUUGCGAGUGUCUUUGAUCCACAAGGACUGAAACGCAGAUGGAACUUUUCUGUCGACGUUACAGCUCAAAAUGCCGCUAAACGAUCAAGAUAA